CUUUCUGUUUAUAUCCGCACCGCAGUCUUCAUAAAAUUAAGUGAUAACAAAUUUAUUUCGAUACACAGUUAUUAAAUUGAUUAAAUUAAGUAAAACAGCUACAUACAAAAUGUCUAAAUUACCAAAAUCAGCACUCAGCUUGAAACAGUUUAUGCUACGACAAGAAGUACUUAAAUUGUACCGAACGAUCUUUCGCACAAUCCGACUGGUUCCGGAUGCAUCCAGCAGGCAAGAGCUCCGAGAGUGGGCAAGGUCCGAUUUUCGAGCUAACAAGCAUCAAACAGAGGAGAUUGCUAUUAAAAUGCUUAUACAACACGGUAACCGUUCACUGAAGGAACUGCAAACAAGCUUAGACCUCAGCGGAAGUUCGAAAACGUAACAUGACCUUCGGCCUUCGGAUGCAAGCAUGAUCACGUGUCUUUGUGUUCUUAGCUUAUUAGUAAGCUUUGUUCGUUCAGUUUUUUUGUCGGAAGCGAUCAAAUCGAUUAGAUAUUUUUAGAUAAAUUAUAAAUAAAUCAGUCAUUACCUUUAA